UAAUAUUAGAAUUCUUCUCUAUUCUUUCUCUUCUUUUUUGAUUAUUUCUAUUUCUUUUAUUCUUAGAAACUCACCUUAAAAACAUUUGUUUGAAUGAUUUCAGAUAAUUGAGAUCACUUGCAGAUUGUCUUAAAGUAAAAAGUAAAACCUAAUGAGAAUUUUGAUGUUAUGUUAAGGUACGCUGGUCUCUGAAAACAGGGCAAAAUAAUUAAAAAAUAAUGUGCAUCAAUUAUAUAAAUAUCAUUCUAAAAGUAAUUGCAAAGAAAAAAGACUAUUGAAAAUAUAUGUUUUGUUCUUGCCGGAUUUUAAACCAUAGACUCUGUCGCUCUAUAGUUUUAUUUGUAUGUUUAUUUUGCAUCGAAGGUUUUAGUCACCUAUGGGCUAUGGGCUUAAAUAGACCAACCGCGAAGCAUGGCCACCAUAUAGACUUAAAUAGACCAACCACGAAUAUCUUAUAACCUUUUUAGCCUAAUAGAAAUGCAUUGCGCUGUCAUCAGCUAUUUUUUGAGCAAUCCAAAUAAGGUCUCUAGUUCAUGCACCAUUAAACCAUUAUAAUUAGUCUUAUUUAAAUAUUCUUCUUUAAUUGAAUUACUCAGUCGUAAUAAUGAUAGGAAUGAUAAAAUAAUUGGCCUUAAUUUUGAUUAUCUAGGUGUUGCUUAAUCUUAAAGUAGAAGACAUAAUCAUAACUGUCUUAAGUUAACUAUACCAACAAGUAUAAAUUAAGUUACAACCCCUCAGCCAUUAAUCAUUUCACCAAAAGCCUCUUCUCCUCUUUGCAAAAACAUAACUCAAUUUAAAAAUGGAACUCCUGUUUCGUUCUCUGAACAAUGACUUUUUAGUUAUUCUGAGGUUAAUUUUCUGACUGGUCCCAAAUCUCCGUGACUAAAUAAAAUUAGGUCAAAGACAAAGUGUACAUGAUGCAGGACCACAAACUAUUUCAACACCUGAUUAUUACUUACUAGUACUGCCGCUUUUAAUUUUGCCCUAAUUACAUAUAUAAUCAGCUCAUGAUUAACCGCUAAUCAAUCAGUAUCAUGUUUCUUUAGUGUGAACGAAAGCUCGGUCUCAUGAAAAUAAAUUUCAACAUACUCCUAUGUGAUAAGAUAAGCUACAUCAAAAAUAUAAGUUUAAUACAGUUGAGUCAAAUUUUACACAAUUUAGUUAAACUCUCUUGUGUUGGUCUCAAAGUAAUUAUAAAAUUAAACUCUUGUGUUGGUCUCAAAGUAAUUAUAAAAUAAGAAAUGCAUCCAGAAGAUGUUAGCUGAUUAAUCCAUCCAUGUAUAUAUUAUCCAUAUCCGAGUUUAAUAAAAAAGGAGUUCACUUUGCAGAGGACAAAGGAAGCCCAUACAAAUGAUUUGUUCACAUGCAACAUAUCAUACAUUAAUCUCUCAGCUAAUUGUUUCAGUUACGUUUAUAUUAAUCCUUCAAAUUUCAGUAUUUUAGUAGUCGAAAACCUUUUUUAACAUCUAAAAGGAAAAACCGAAAAAGGAAUCAAUCAUUUAAAAAAAGGAAAAAAUUAACAACCCCUUGCUAUGUGUAUGUAUAUAUAUAUAUGUCGAUAUAUACGAGCAUAAAUUCACAAAUCAAACAUAACAUAUGCAAAAAAAAAAAGCAAAACAUAUGCAAGGCAGAGAUAAGAAACUUUAUAAUAUACACCAAACUAUGCAGAAGCCAUCUCAGAGAACUCUUCCUGAUACACACUCACACUCCUUCACCAUUCAUAUAAACGAACCAUUUAAUCAUCAUCAGCAUCAUAACCACAACAACAAGACCUUCAUAGGAUUUUCUUCAUCCAUGAAGCUCUUCAGCAAAUUCCGCAAGAUUCUCAUGAAGAUCAUCUUCAUCGUUCCCUCCUCUUCUUCCUCUGCCACCGUACGUCGUCACAAAACCACCGACUCCCGGAGUGGCGGCGAGAGGCUAGAGACACCGAAGAUAUCGUGCAGUAAUUCGUACUACUCCUCUCAUUCUCACUACAGUGAAGCUAUCUCAGAUUGCAUUGACUUUUUCAAUAAGUCAUCGACUGAUAAUAUGUCUCACAAAGAACGUGAUGACCAGAUUGUACAUGAUCGCGAAUGUUUUUACGUGUAGUCAAAACUUAAAAGAAGUGAUGUGAUCAUGUCCUCUUUUUCUUCUUCUUUUGUUAUUCUAGAUAACUCGGGCGUUUUUCUUCAUGUGCUCGUGUAUCAACAACAAUUUCACGUUUUAACGUUUUAUCAUAUGUAUAAAUUGUUAAAUAUUUGAUGUUAUAUUUCGUAGCAUAAUGUAUCCACUUACUAAUGCCUUGUCUGCGUGUAUACGUGAAACAAGGUUGAUGAAAUUAAUUCCAUGUGUAUCAGUGUGACACAAGGUUGAUGAAAUUAAUUCCAUGUGUAUCAGUGUAUCUUCCCGUAAAAAUACUAUAACGUGUUUGAUAAUGAAGAGGAGAUAAGAGAGCUCGGUUAAUUAACAUUUGCAAAAUUAAUUCUAGCAGAUAUGUCAUGGGGAUUAACGAACCUCUCAGCCGAUAAAC